UCCGAUUUGUUAGAAAAAAGUUAUUUCUGUAAGGAAGUACUAUUACAUUAGUAGGGCUACUCUUAAGCUAUUUUAGACCAGACGUUUAGGGCGUUUAUUGUGCGAUGUUUUGCAUUUUAUAAUAAUCAUCCAAUUAUACAGAUGCUAUGGUUAAGUGUGUUUCGGUUGGAUGUUACAGACGGAUGCGUUUUAUCAUUUGAAGUACAUCCAUCAUGAACUGCUUUAAUAUGAUAUUGUUUUUGUUAAGAAGAAAAUAAGGUUAAAAUAAUUGCAGUGAACACCAAAAGUUGACAGUGUACAGCACAGAAAAUGCAUCCAAUAUCGGUGUCGGUGUGAUGAAUGGGAUUAUUAAUUAUUAAUUGGACUUAACCAUGAUCGUAAAGUGGAGAUGUUCGAACGGCGAAAUCACAUCACAGAUAUAGUGUAAAUCAAACAGCAAAAAGCCUAAAAUAGUAGCUUCUGAAGGCGGCUGAUCGAAGAUGAUACUGGAAUACUUUAAGUGUCAGUGGGAGAGAACUAACGUCUUUAUUCUUUUUUAUUGUCAAAUUCCGUCUCUAUAAUUGGGAUAUAUAUAAUAAACGGACGAAAGUACCUCGGGACCGGAGGUAGAUACAUCAUAUAUCUCAGAUAUUCAUAAAACAAAUUCUUUGAUUACAAUGACAAAGCAUUUGGAAGUUUGGAGAUUUUUAUUCGUUUUAAGUGUGGUAUCUGGGAGUAAAGGCGUGGUGGAGCGGCGGUCAGCGCGGAAGGACGGCGACAUAAUUCUGGGCGCACUGUUCCCGAUUCACAAGUCCCCGCACGACACGAGCCGCUACACGCGCACGUGUGGAGAAAUCUGGGAGCAAUACGGCAUUCACCGAACGGAGAUAUUCUUCCAGACGCUGGAAUACAUCAACAGCGACCCGAGCAUCCUUCCCAACAUCACACUGGGCUGGGACAUCCGGGACUCCUGCUGGUACUCCCCCAUCGCCCUUGAACAGAGCAUUGACUUCAUAAAGACGUCCAUAGCUAGCAUAGAUGACAGCUUUAGGAAUGAAAGUAUACCGGGCUGUGGCCCUAAGCGUAGAGAUAAGCCCAUAGCGGGUCUGAUUGGCCCUGGUUCGAGUCAGAACACAAUUCAGGUUCAAAACAUGUUACAAAUAUUCAACAUUCCCCAAAUCGGCUACUCGGCUACCAGCAUGGACCUGAGUAACAAGAACCUAUACAAGUACUUUAUGCGGGUUGUGCCCUCCGACACCUACCAAGCCCGCGCCAUGCUGGACGUCGUCCUAAGAUACAACUGGACGUAUGUACACACAGUACACUCUGAAGGCAACUAUGGUGAGAGGGGAAUCGAGGUCUUCAAAAACCUCGCCAGGACCAAGAACGUCUGUAUCGCUGAGGCGGCUGCAGCUCCAAGCGUCGACGCAGACCAAGAUUACGACAUGAUUAUUUCCAAUUUUCUGGCCACUGCUCGCGCCAAUGUGAUCGUCUGCUUCUGUGAAGGACGGGCUGCCAGGCGACUAAUGAUGGCAAUGAAACGAAAUCCCCGCGCGAGAGGGAAAUACCAGAUAUUAGCUAGUGACGGUUGGGCAGACCGGCCGGAUGUGGUAUUGGGUGUUGAGGACGUGGCGGUGGGUGCCAUCACCAUGAAGCUCCGGGCCAACAGGAUUGCCGCCUUUGACACCUACAUGCUCGCGCUGCGCCCGGAAAACUACCACCGUAACCCCUGGUUUCCGGAGUUCUGGCAGUGGAAGUUCAAUUGUCGUCUGACGUCACUUCCGCCCGAGGAACAGGAUAUGACGCAACCGAUAAACUGUACAGGGAAGGAGGAAUUGGAGAACGUCGUCCAGGAUGCCAAGCUUGGCUUCGUCAUCAAGGCCAUCUACGCCCUAGCGCAUGCGCUGCACAACAUGCACGGUCACGUGUGCGGCCCCAACUCCGGGCUGUGUGACAAUAUGGCGCCCUUGGACGGCGCGAUGCUGCUGGACUUUCUCCACAACGUCUCUUUUACGUACGAGAGUGAGGAGGUGUUCUUUGACGCAAACGGGGAUCCCCCUCCAAGGUACUACAUCGUGAAUUACCGUAAAGUGCUCAACUGGAGCGGGAAUGUAACAUACAAGUACGAGGUUAUUGGUAAAUGGAACAGCGGCAAGCUCGACAUGGACGAUCGCAUGAUUUACUGGCCCCAGCAUUACCAUGGCAACGUGCCACGUUCUACGUGCGCUGACGAGUGCGCCAAGGGACACGUUAAGACACUCCACGGGGUCAGUCAGUGUUGUUGGGUGUGUCAGAAGUGCCCGGAUAACGCGAUUAUCGUGGACAGCGAGACGUGCGGCGCCUGCGAGCAGGGGUGGUGGCCCAAUAAGAACCUUACUGAGUGUGCGCGGAUCCCCAUCGAGUACAUCACGUGGUGGGACACUGAGGCCAUGGUGGCACUCAUCACCGCCUGCUUCGGCAUCUUCGUGACGCUCUGGAUAGGCAUCGUGUUCCUGCGUCACAACAAUACUCCCGUCGUCAAGGCGUCCACGCGGGAACUCAUGUACAUCAUUCUUAUCGGCGUCAUGAUGGCGUUCUGCAGCAACUUUGUUCUCGUCGCGCGCCCAAAUCUCGUCACGUGCUACUUUACAAGAAUCCUUCCUGGGUUGUCGUUUUCCUUAAUUUAUGGUUCCCUUGUUACGAAAACAAACAGGAUUGCUAGGAUUUUGGAAGGCACGAAAAAAAUCAUUACAAAGAAGCCAAGAUUCAUGAGUGCCUCCGCGCAAGUGAUAAUUACGUGUAUAAUUAUCGGCGUUGAAUGUGCGAUAAUCACUAUCAUGUUAGUUAUAGAGCCCGCAGACUCGAAGCUCGAUUAUCCGGAGCCCCGGCGGGUGAAACUGAUUUGUAACACAACCACAAUGGGGAUCAUAGUUCCUCUCGGAUUCGAUCUAGUGUUAAUCGCCAUGUGCACACUUUAUGCCAUAAAAACUCGCAAUUUGCCAGAGAACUUCAACGAGGCGAAGUUUAUUGGAUUUUCGAUGUACACGACGUGCGUCAUCUGGCUGGGUUUUAUGGCCAUAUAUUUUGGGAGCGAGCGGAAGGUGAUCACAAUGUCCGUGUCCGUGUCUCUGAGCGCGUACGUCGCGCUCGUGCUCCUCUUCUUCCCCAAGGCGUACAUCAUUAUCUGGGCUCCCGAGAAAAACACACGUAGCGCUUUUACAACGUCGAAAGACGUGCGCUGCCAUAUUGGUUCAAUUUCGUGCGCCUCGGGGGAAAGCAUUGACUUAAUAAGAGACGUCAGACACAGAGAUGGAAUGAAGGUUUCCGGUUCCCGGCGUCGGGCCGGAUUUUUCAACAAGCUGCGUUACGGUGGGACAGGGCAGCACACACGACACCUCUACACCUACCAGAGUCCGCGCAUGAAGACUGACGUAGGCAGCCGCCUAAAGAGAGACAACUCUUUCCAUGUGUCUGCGGGGAUCGCCAAGCAGUGCGGGACAUUCUCAUGGGCGAAAAUGUCGGCUGCUAUGACGUCGGAGGAGGACCGCCUUAGCCCGAUAAGUUCCAAAGGCGAGUCAGAAGAAGUCAAGAGGAAAUAUUCCUACUGCCAAAAGAAAGAUGCAAUAUGCCAAACAGACGCGGAGUUGUUGGACAGUAUUAUGAAUAUGCCAUAUCUAACUAGGAAGAAAAGCCAACGGAUACAGCGGACAGCUGCUAUUGACGAGGAUUAUGCUUCUGUUAAAUUUAGCCCAAACAGCAGCAUGAAGGUGCGAUUUCACAAGCGGAUUGCGUCCGAACCGAACCAUCUCGAAUUCCGACGACGGAAUGUUUCCGGUAGCGGUAAGCAGGCCGCGCGCACCGAGUCUCGGACAUUUUUAUUUCCUGGAUAUUCGGAUAGCCCCAUUUCCACAUCCGACGAUAUUGAGAACGAGGAAGAUUUUGAAUACUAUGACAGCAUAUCUGACUUGCUAAAAGCCCAUAAAAUAACACCUAAUUACGUUAGUGACAAUGUCCCUGUUUGUUUAAAUGACAAGUCAAUGUCGACCUAUUUAAACCCCCUUGGUAACAGGGGGAACAAUACGUCCCUGGAAUCAGACCCGGACAACAAGACGAGCAGCGCCGAGUGUCGGUCUCUAGACUCGGACACCGCGCCCACAGAACCCGUACAGGUCCUCGUGGAGAACCAUGUUAACGGCCAUGUGAGCAUGGCGGUCACUUCAGCCGACGACAAUGAAACAUUCCAAAGAACACUUGCCACAUUCGAAGGGCGACCUGGUAUAGAAACGAACUCUUUAGCGAGCCCGAGGGACCUUAAUCACCGGCAUUCAGUCUGUACUGAAGUACCGAAGCUUAUCUCAAACUCUAACAGUAUUAGUGUGUUGCCGCGACGUUCGUCGUCCCCGAUGUUCUCACAUAUUUCAUCCCAUUCAUUGAAUUUCACAGUAGCGGAUCACAACAACGAGGCGCCUCGCAGGCGGAAGUCGAGUGCCUUGAGCGCCGGCAGCCCGUCAUCGGUGGUCAGUGAGCGAUCGAUGUGGUCACCUAGCGGCGAAUCCCUGCCACAAACGUCUUUCGCAGAAGUGUACAAACCUCCGAACACCGAGGUCGAGCACGAUGGUUGUGCAAGUAACUUUGUGAACGCUUGUAAGAAUGAAGAGAAAAGCAUGCUAGAAUUCCAGUCAUUCUUGCGGGAGCGAGGGGUGGAGCUCGACUUGACCUUUAUAGAGAGCAGCGAGGUCUAGUCACGCCCCCGCUUCUCGCAUAGUCUCAAUCAUUCAGCCAAUGAGGCCCACGUCAACGAAUAGAAAUGAGGCCCACGUCAACGAAUAGAAACCAGAGCAUGGCCGAUAUGACCAGGGUCAAAUGCAAAUAGCUAGAUGAUAGCGUUCACCCCUAACACAUAGACGUAACAUUCCACAUACAGAUACAAUGGCCAUUAGAAAUAUGGAUGAUAAAAUUCACUUUAGGUUGUUUGAUUUCCGGUCAUAGCGUUGGUGUCCUUUGUUUAACCUCGUAGCAAUAACUCUAAAACAUAUCAAGAUAUGACCAUGGAACUUGGUACACAUGUUGAAAGAGACAGUACGCACAUGGAUAGCACGGCUCGGCACUCUGGUUUUGAUAAUUAUUGAGUUAUGCCCCUUGAUCGGCUAAGGGAACAGACGAGUGAUGGCGUUCUGCUUGCGACGCUAUUGUUGUCCAUACCAACGUACAGCCAUUUUUCUGUGACUGCAUUCCACUUAUAAUGGUACACUAUUUUAUUCGGUAAAACCAUUAUCCUGGCGACUCUAUGUACCCAGAUGCGAGGUGAACUUAGUUCAGUGAUGGUGCAAUAUGUGAUAGCAUUCGGUAAUAGUAUUCGUUAAAAUCACUAUCCUGGCGACCCUUUGUAGCCAGCUACGAUGUGAACUUAGUUCAAAGAUGGUGCAAUUUGUGAUAGCAUUUUAUUCAUCAUACAAGUUUUACGAAGCCUUAAAGGUUGUUUCCAUGUUUUCUCCUUGAUGGUUCGUGUAUGGCUAUAUGUAUUUAAUAUUCUAAUUAAAAUGGCCUACUGAUGGCGUGGGACAGACCUAAAUGAAAUCCAUAUAUAGUAGAUAUUUUUUCGCACCGUUUUCAUAUGUAUUUCCACAGUAUGGAGUGACACGGGAAGUAGAGAGUUAAGAUGUUAAUGAUAUUCCAAAGGUCUAAAUGUGUUAUCCCGUAUUUGUGCAACUAUUCCUUGUAUGUAUAAUAAAUG